GCGUAUGCGUGUAUCAAAGAUAAUUGGCUUGAUCUUUUCAUAAAUCUCCCUGUGAAAUCAUUUCAUCGCUUUCAUGAUCAUCUGAGGUUCGAUGCUUUCUCUCUUUCCAACAAACCAAAAAAGCAAGGACCGUUCACAUCCCGCCGUAUAACUGGCUUGAGUGAGGGCUAGCUAGCUACUGGACAAUGAGCAGCGCUCCCCGUUCUCCCACUCGAUCUCGACCGAGCAGCAGUGUGGCUCAGUCUCGGUCUGCCCACUCUCCCAAUCGAUCAAGAGGUGGAUCUUCCGCUGCCUCUGCCGCAAACGGCACUAGUAACGCUGCCAGCAAGAAAGACCCUAUCAGUCGACCAGGUGCCUAUUCUGUCACUCAAACGACGUCAGGUCCAGCACAAGUCCUCCGAGUACAAGUUCCUCAGGGUGUUCGUCCCGGUAGUGAAUUUACGGUACAGCAUGCACGUCGAUCCGUGCGAGUUCGGUGUCCCAUUACUUCAGGGCCUGGCAAGACACUACAAAUCACAGUGCCGCCCGAGCCCAUUAAGGAACGCAAACGAUUGAUUGCUGCCAAGCUGACAGCAGCGGAUGGUCUGGGAGGAGGAGGGUGCGAAGAAAUGACUGCGGAAGUAGUCAAGAGCAAUGAAAAACGAAUGGAAAAAUACCGAGAAUGGCAGAAACAGCAACAAAUUUCCAGCAAAAAGGAGCCUCAGACAACUCCCACAGCAGCACCCCCACCCCCAUUGCCUAGUAUCAACGAACAGGCUUCCAAAUCGCCCAAACGGGAACCACCAAAACAAAUCCAAAAUAGCCCCUCUAGCACCACCAAGAGCAGUGAUAGACCCAAAGCUUUCUUGGUCACUAUUCCUCCCGAUAUUCAUCCUGGAAUGCCCUUUACUAUCGAUGUUCAAGGCAAGCGAUACGUCAUCCCUUGCCCUCCUGAUGCUGGACCUGGAAAGAAGGUCAAAAUUGUGCCUCCCCGCAGUCGCGCCAAUAGCAGUGCUGGCAAUAAUAACAAUGAUUCUUCCACAUCGGUUGGAAAUCGAUCACGUGCCAACAGUGCUGCUAGUGUCAACACCAGUAAUCAUAGUACCGCUCCCAAUCGGUCUCGCGCCGAUAGCUCCUCGUCGACAGGUGACUUGGAGGAAUUUUCCGAGUCUUCCGAAAUGCCCAUUCAGCAACAACCACAACCCAGCAAACUUCAAAUGUUUGAAGUGAGAGUUCCUGCUGGCGUCGAACCAGGCCAACCCUUUGCUCUACUGGCCAAUGGACAACGGGUAUUGGUGACUUGUCCACCCAAUGUUCAAGUUGGACAAAAAAUUCGAUUCAAUUUACCCGUCACAGCGCAGAUGGUACAAAACAUUCAACUCCAAUACGAAAAUGAAAAGGGAUCUGCAUCGGGUUGGUGUCGGACAAUUCGAGUCUCGGAUCUCAAGUUUCAAUGGGUCCGUGUCACCAAACAUUCCGGUGCCAAUGAGGACAGCGAUGAGAGUCCGUCGACACUGGAUGAGUCACGUCGCUUGUUGGAUGUCAAUGCCAUGAAUGAUUUCAGUUUCCGCAAAUCCGCCUAUGGUCGUCAUUUGACACUGCUCAAGGGAAAUGACGCUCGUCUUCGAACGGGAAUUCUAUCCUGGGUACCGGCCAAGGAUGCCACGGUGGAUUCCAAAUUGGUGCUGCAUCAAAAGGUGUUGCUGAGUUAUGCCGAUAUUGCUGCCAUUCAACAAAAACCAUUUGCCGACAAACUAGUCUGGUUUGAAGAAUCCCUAUCCAAACUAUUGUUGAUCCCUUGGGAGGAAGGACACGUCAAGAUGUAUCUCAGACGAACGUACUUGUUACAAGACAGCGUCGAUGCCAUCAUGGCACUCUCCAGGACACAAUUGCGACAACGGUGGCGAUUGGAAUUUGUCAACGAACCGGCUGUGGAUGCAGGAGGUGUUACGAGGGAAUGGUUUCAAUUGAUUACCGAACAAAUCUUUGAUCCUAAUUUUGGAUUGUGGAUGUCCAGUGCCAACAAUCAGGCGUGUUCAACCAUCAAUCCAACCAGCGAGAUAUCCUGCCCGAGCGACCAUCUCAUCUACUUUCGCUUUCUUGGCCGCAUGAUGGGUCGUGCCUUGUUGGAUCGACAAUUGAUUCAUGGGCACUUGGUGAGGUCGCUCUACAAACACAUUUUGGGGUGGCCCAUCACAUUUGAUGAUUUGGCCGCACAAGACGAGGAAUACUACAAUUCACUACACGCUUUAACAGAAAUGGACGAAGAUACAUUGGAAGCCCUCUGCUUGGACUUUACUGUGACAGAGGAACUGUUUGGCGCUCACCAGACGAUUGAUCUGGUACCGAACGGGGCCGACAUUGACGUUACCAAGGAUAAUCUGGUUGAAUAUCUGGAAGCUAAUCUGCGCUAUCACAUGCUUGAACACACGCGCCCUCAACUGACAGAGCUUUUGCUGGGCUUCUUUGAUGUGGUGCCAGAAUCAGUUCUGACAGUGUUUGAUUCCCAUGAAUUGGAGCUGAUUCUAUGUGGCCUUCCAACCAUUGACAUGGAAGAUUGGGAAGCCAAUACGAAGUACGCAGGUCAUUUCAAAGACUUGGAAGAAAAACACAAGGUUGUCAAGUGGUUUUGGGAGGUUGUUCGCAACGACUUUGACCAGGAAAUGAAGGCCAGACUGCUGCAGUUUGUGACCGGGACUUCGGGUGUGCCGAGCCGUGGCUUCUCAGUCUUGCAGGGGAAUGAUGGAAACAUCAAGAAGUUUUGUCUUCAGGGGGUUGAGGGCGGUGUCCACACUUAUCCUCGUGCCCACACCUGCUUCAACCGUCUGGAUCUUCCUCUUUACCAAGGCAAAGGUGAACUGCGAUCAAGGCUCAAGACGGCCAUAACAUUGUCUGCCGUGGGCUUUGACAUGGACUAAGUUUUCAUAAGCGGUCGAAUCUGAUUUGAUUUUUUUGAUUAGGAUCGAUGACUAUAAUAGAGAGCCCGAUGCAUAGCUGCGCUGGAGUCCGGAGUUGUAUGACAGAGAACACUACUACAACAACAUCCCACAUUUAUUAGACACGGCCAUCGCUGAAGAAAACAAGGAGUAGAGUUACGGGGAGUUGAUGCGAUUGACAGCUCAUGACGGGUCGCAACACUAUAGAACGCCGAAGGAGUGGCCGCAGCUGUGCCUCCGGCUCGCCACCGGCAGCCUUCUCCAGAUGUUGUGCUACGGGACAGCUACAUGUAGAGAACCGGAUAUGAAUACAAUUUAGAACAGUACCGCAUUACUGAAUACGGUACAUUGACAGUCGGCUGGACAAGAGAACCUCAAAGGCAGCAGCCAUGGACCACCUGAGAGAAUGAUGUUUUCCUACGAUAGUGCUGUCACUGCGCACGUUGCACGGCAAGGGCAAGGGCAAGAAAGCUGCAAACGCAGGGCAAAGCUGCAAAUGAUGUGGCCUGUCGCACAGCAUGCAAGUCCAUCCAUGUUGAGUGACAGGUACGAUACCGCAAGGAUUCUUGCCGCAUGAUGUUGAAAUUGUACGCAUGCAUGGGUCGUGGUCCCCAAUGUAGAAAGCGAAUUUCUCCAACGUCCUCGUAGCUAGUUGAGCCCAAGGGGUGAAUUCUUCACAAAUGAACACGUUGGGGGCCAUGUACCGGUAGGUGGUAUCUAGGAGCUAGGUACCGUGGUAUAGAGCCACAGAGAGCCACGACGUCAACCCAGGCCGGAUCACGGGACUUCCAUACUUCCUGCAGCCAGAUAUGGCUACUAGUAGCUGUUGGCAGACGAAGAUUGAGCUAGCUAGCAAUGCGAAUAGCUUCAACGUGUAGAUUCAACAAAACCCAGAACUGUCAAAGCGGUCGUUAGGGUUGAAUACAUGCUUCAAGCAACUGGUGAAGCAAUAGUUGAUCAGGCAGAGAACUCGCAUGGCAUCACUUCAACCCUGGCAGGACUGUAGCAACGAUUGACAGUUCUCCGCCGGCAAUCAUGAGGACGAAGUACAGUCGUAGCUUCUUUUAUGACAGAGGAACCAUGAUCAAAAGCAAAAGGCUGCAAAAAGGAACAACCGGGCCAGGCAGAUGUGGUGCUUGUGGCUUUGCCUGGCUUUCAUCGUUCAACUCCUCGCGUGCAUCGAAUCGAAUUCAGCAGCAGUAGGCCCGGAAGCAACGGAAUGGACUUGUUUGUUUGAUCUGAAACGCUUCAAAUCGCCGCUCAGCCAGGGAAAACAACAUGAUGGCGGUGCUCGAGGGCUCAAGCUUUUCAGCAGACGAGGAGCCAUCCGUUUCCAUUGUUCUAGUUUGCUACUGAUGAAUCAGGCCCCUGUCACUGGAAACGAGGGCUAUCUAGCUAGCAGCAGUGACUUUGGCCCACUUUGCUUGAUCAGAGAGUCGAGUCUAUCUCCUACCUGCUGUUGCCUACGGUACAGUAAUCCACCCUGCUGUCCUGCUGUCGGAUUGGACUGAGGUCUGUUGGAACUGCGUUGAACCAAGACUAACUCCCACACGCCGCUGCCAAUUUCUUUUCCCUCCAACCCGAGCCCAACCGUCGGCAUUGUUAACUCCGUUGACGCACCUGCUGCAGUGUGAUUAAGGUAUU